AGGACACAUGUCAGAUUUUGAUUCGUCAUUCCCAACAAAGUUUCAACCCUCCACUGUCCUCCGCCGUUCUCAAUUACUACAACCGAAUCCCUUUCAAAAUCUACAACCAGAAAAAGCGGAUCUGCGAAAUCAUGGGGACGGAGGUGGAGGUAUCACAGCCGUUGCUUUCCGACGACAACAAGAGCUGCACCGUCGUGUCGGAACAGGUGCCGGAAUGGAAAGAUCAGAUCACGCUCAGGGGACUGGCCGUCAGUGCCAUGUUAGGGACUCUGUUUUGCAUCAUCACGCACAAGCUCAAUCUGACGGUCGGAAUCAUCCCGUCUUUGAACGUCGCCGCUGGCUUGCUCGGAUUCUUCUUCGUGAAAUCGUGGACCGGGUUUUUAUCCGGCUUAGGGUUUCAGGUUAAGCCUUUUACGAAGCAAGAGAACACCGUCAUUCAAACCUGCGUGGUUGCUUGCUAUGGCCUUGCUUUCAGCGGGGGGUUUGGUUCAUAUCUAAUUGCUAUGGAUGAGAGAACAUAUAACCUUAUUGGUGCUGAUUACCCUGGUAACCGUGCGGAAGAUGUUAAAAACCCAGGAUUGCUGUGGAUGAUUGGUUUUCUAUUUGUUGUCAGCUUCCUUGGGCUUUUCAGUCUUGUUCCACUUCGUAAGGUCAUGGUCUUGGAUUAUAAACUCACAUAUCCCAGUGGAACAGCAACAGCAAUGUUAAUAAAUAGCUUUCACACCAACACUGGAGCUGAACUUGCAGGGAAGCAAGUCAAAUGUCUUGGGAAGUAUUUGAGCAUGAGUCUAUUGUGGAGCGGCUUUAAGUGGUUUUUCAGUGGUAUUGGCGAUUCAUGUGGUUUUGAUAAUUUCCCCACCUUUGGUUUAACACUAUUCAAAAGCACAUUCUAUUUUGACUUCAGUCCAACAUAUGUUGGAUGUGGCCUGAUUUGUCCUCACAUAGUCAACUGCUCGGUUCUUCUUGGGGCUAUCAUAUCAUGGGGUUUCCUUUGGCCCUUCAUUUCUUCACAUGCUGGGGACUGGUAUCCUGAUAAGCUGGAGAGCAAUGAUUUUAAAGGUCUUUAUGGAUAUAAGGUCUUUAUAGCUAUCUCCCUUAUACUUGGGGAUGGUCUUUACAACUUGAUCAAGAUAAUAGCCAUAACUAUGAAGGAAAUGUGCAAUAAAAGCACUGAAGAGAGCAGCCUUCCAGUUGUUGAUGAGGUUAUAGAUGAUGGGACUUUGAAAAUACUUACUGAGCAGAGACGAAAAGACGAGAUAUUCCUUAAAGACAGGAUUCCUUCCUGGUUUGCAGCUUCUGGAUAUGUGGGUCUGGCUGCUAUAUCAACAGCUACCCUUCCAAUCAUUUAUCCACCCCUAAAGUGGUAUCUGGUUCUUUGUUCAUACAUUAUUGCCCCUGCCCUCGCUUUUUGCAACUCUUAUGGAACAGGACUCACAGACUGGAACUUGACUUCAACUUAUGGAAAGAUUGGUCUUUUCAUCAUAGCUUCGUUAGUUGGAAGCAAUGGUGGCGUUUUAGCUGGCUUAGCUGCCUCUGGGGUUAUGAUGUCCAUUGUCUCCACUGCAGCUGAUCUAAUGCAGGAUUUCAAGACUGGUUACCUCACUCUAUCAUCAGCCAAGUCUAUGUUUGUGAGCCAGUUAAUAGGAACAGCCAUUGGUUGUGUCAUUGCCCCACUCACAUUCUGGUUAUUUUGGACUGCUUUUGACAUCGGGUCACCUGAUGGUCCAUACAAGGCGCCCUAUGCUGUCAUUUUCAGGGAAAUGGCCAUUCUUGGUGUUGAGGGUUUCUCAGAGCUUCCAAAACAUUGUUUGGCUUUAUGUUGUGGAUUCUUUGCAGCUGCUCUGGUUAUAAACCUCCUCAGGGAUGUGACUCCCAAAAGUGUCUCACAGUUCAUUCCCAUUCCAAUGGCCAUGGCAGUUCCAUUUUAUAUUGGAGCUUACUUUGCAGUUGACAUGUUUAUUGGGACUGUCAUAUUAUACAUUUGGGAGAGGAUUAAUAGGAAGGAUGCAGAUGAUUAUGCUGGUGCAGUUGCUUCAGGUUUAAUCUGUGGUGAUGGAAUUUGGACAGUACCAUCAGCUGUUCUCUCUAUUUUCAGGAUCAACCCACCCAUCUGCAUGUACUUUGGUCCUUCUUCAACUAGUUGAGAAGGAAAACCAAUAGCUUUGUUGUUCUUUCAUGGCCAGUGUGAGUGUGAUGUUUAAACUACAAGAUUAAUUGGAUUCUGUAAAUAUCUGUUUUCUCAUUUACAGACUCACAGCUUCAUGGAUUCCACAUUGUGGUCAACUUAUUCCAUUUUGUAAAUAUGACUACUAUCUUUGAGCCUGAAAAAGAAUGUUUCUCUCUCUCUCUCUCUCUCUCUGUCUAGUGAAUUGAAGAGUUGAUGCACUUUCCUAACAGCCAGCACCUAACUUCCCAUAAUGAUUUAAACAAAAUGUUCAGCAGCAU